ACUUAGUUGGCUGGCCUCAGAUUUAUUGUACCUUGCCGUUCUGGAGGAAGAUCGUAUGCAUGUGGUCAGUAGCGAGGAGCCUGCGACCCAACCUCCCUCUCAUGUUACGCCCUAUAUAUAACAUCCAUUCCUCCAGCACCUCCGUUCAACCCCCCCUCCCUCGUUCCCUCGCUCCAGCUCCACUUCUCCAGAAGCGCUGUAUCCAGUCGGGCCCAGACGGCUCUGUCUUUCCCUCUCCCUCUCUUUCUCUCUCUCUCUCUCUAGUCUGUCACCCGAGCUUCCUCUUGCAGGCUGUGUGUGUUUACCCUCUUUUUCGGCCUGGCAACGGGGCUGCAUGCUCAGGAUUACCGGAGGCCUUGCCUUUCAUCGCCGCCCGCUCCCUCUUCCUCUCGCCUGGACUACGGUGGCAACGGGUGCGAGGCUGUGUGAUUUCGGGGCUUCCCUGGUUUCCUGCUCUCGGAGUUAAGUGGAUUUGUAGAUACUAAAGAGACAUGGAUCACUCUCUGUUCGGAUGCCUUCGGAGCCCGCACGCCCCGUCCCAAGCCCUGCACCCGGCGUUCACCCAGUCCUCCCUGGCCCUGCACGGCCGCUCCGACCACGUCUCCUACCCCGACCUCCCGGGACCCUCACCACCCUGCAGCUACGUGGGGGAGGAGGGUGGCUUCGGAGGACCUCAUCACAGAGUUCACCCCGCUCCACAGCAUCCACACCACUCGCAGCAUCAGCCCUCCUGGCAUGUGCCGCAGAUGUCGUCGAUCGACGGCGAGCGCCACGGCCUUUGCCUGCCGCACCCCGACGCCGCGGCUCCAGAACUGUGCGGCGCAGGAGCGGGUUCGCAGGGCCUGUGCGCAGGUAACCCAACACUCUCUGGAAGUGACCCUUCUGGGGUGUCGUGUGUGUCUGGAGAAUACGGGAGACAGACCAUGUCACCUGUUGAGCCGGAGCGACGGAAUAGCAAAGGAAAGAGUGACAGUUCAGAUUCCCAGGAUGGGAGCUAUAAGUCAGACGUGAGCAGUAAACCUAGGAAGGAGCGCACAGCGUUCACCAAGGAACAGAUUCGAGAACUGGAAUCAGAAUUCGCUCACCACAACUAUCUGACACGGCUUAGACGUUACGAAAUCGCUGUCAACCUUGACCUCACGGAGAGACAAGUGAAGGUGUGGUUCCAGAACAGACGGAUGAAGUGGAAGCGGGUGAAGGGAGGUCAGCAGGGAGCCGCUGCGCGGGAGAAAGAACUGGUGAACGUAAAGAAAGGAACUCUCUUGCCUUCCGAGUUCUCCCCAAUGGUCGGACUGCACCAUCCCAUCGGUUCGCCCAGCAAUGAGGACGACAGUCACGACAGCGACCAGAGCUCUGAGCACGCGCAUUUAUGAUGCCAAUUAGAACCUGCCAGUUUCCUCAGGAAUCGCCUAUGUUGGUACUCCGAAGGCUGUUAACAACUAGCACCGGGCCGUGUUGCGUUAUUUCAUUCUGAGUGGUUAGGGUUUAUUCUUGGUCUGUGAAACAGAUGCUCACAGGGUUGAAAACCAGAGUUCGAUGGCACCCGGUGGCACAGAGAAUAGUCUAAAUAAUAGUCAAAGGUGGCCACAGUUUUGAAGAGACUAUGCAUUUCAUCCAUUAUUGUAAAUAAAUGUAAGUUUGGUUGUUGUAAACAUUCCACACGAGUGCCUUUAAGAGGAUUUUUGCACUGUUUUGAUUUUUGCCCUAACUGUUUGCUACUGUAUUUACAUACAAAUUUUGAUACAAAUAUCAUUAAUUAAAAAACACAAUCUGUGACAGCACAGAAUAAGUAUUAUUAGUUUGUAAAGAAACAAAGGAUGCCAUUAAUUGCAGCCUAUUUUUAGAUUCAUUGAAUUAGAAUGAAGCAAUAGGGUUUUGUUGUUGUUGUUGUUUGUUUUUCACAAUAUGGGUAUUUUGGAUUGAAACGGAUAGAAAAUGGCUUAUCGAUAAACUCUUAAUUUAGAAGGAUAACAAUAAAAAUGGAACUAUUAUAGAUAUUUUUUCACUUGCCUUGCCUAAGGCUUGUGUACUUCAGGACUGCAAAUACUAAUGUUUCAUGAUCACUGAAGGAAUCAUUGAAAAACAUUACACUACACUUCAAAAAAUUGGGUUUGGUAAGAUUUUUGUAGAUGUUUUUGAAAGAUAUCUUUGUACACUACCAGUCCAAAGUUUUUGAACAGUAAGAUUUUAAACGUUUUUAAAGUCUCUUCUGCUCACUAAACCUGAAAAUUCUAAAAUAUUCAUAUUAUUUAAAAUAACAUUUUUCUAUUUGAAUAUAUUUUAAAAUGUAAUUUAUUCCUGUGAUUUCAAAGCUGAAUUUUCAGCAUCAUUACUCCAGACUUCAGAGUCACAUGAUCCUUCAGAAAGCGUUCGAAUAUGCUGAUUUGCUGUUCAAGAAACAUUUUUAUUAUUAUUAUUAGCAAUAUUUAAAACAUCUAAAUACAGGAAUCAAUACUUUUUUCUGAAAGAAACUGCACAAAUCAAUACUUUUUUUUAUUUAGCAAGGAUGCUUUAAAUUGAUCAAAAGUGAUGAUAAAGUCAUUUAUAAUGUUACAAACGAUUUCUAUUUCAGAUAAAUGCUGUUCUUCUGAACUUUCUAUUUAUCAAAGAAACCUGAACAAAAUUCUACUCAGCUGUUUUCAACAUAAUAAUAAUAAUAAAUGUUUUUUGAGCAGCAAAUCAGAAUAUUAUAAUGAUUUUUGAAGGAUCAUGUGACUGAAGUAAUGAUGCUAAAAAUUCAGCUUUACCAUCACAAGAAUAAAUUACAUUUUAAUUACAUUUUUAUUAUUUAAUAUAUUAAAAUAGAAAACAGUUAUUUUAAAUAUAGUAAAAAUAUUUUACAUUUUACUGUUUUGCAGUACUUUGGAUCAAAUAAAUGCAGGGUUGGUGAGCAGAAGAGACUUUAAAAAAAAAAAAAAACAUAAAAAAUCUUACCGUUCAAAAACUUUUGACUGGUAGUGUAUGCUCACCAAAGCUGCAUUUCUUUCAAAAAUAUAGCAGACAUUUAGAAAUAUUUUUGCAGUUUAAAAUAACUGUUUUCUAUUUUAUUAUAUUUUAAAAUGUAAUUUAUUCCUGUGACAGCAUAACUUUUUUUUUACUAUCUUUGUUACAGUCUUUACUGUCACUUUUGCAAUCAGUUUAAUGAAUUAUUACUAAAUAAAAGUAUGCAUUUAUUUAAAAAAAACAAAUCUUACUGACCCCAAAUUUUUGUAUUGGUGUUCAUAUUUAUAAAUGCAACACUAUGACGUUUUCUUUUCCUAUUCAAGUUUACAAUAUAGUUUAUAUCUUUUAUUUACAUUGUAAAUAAACAUGACAAACUUGCUCAAUAAAUUUCGCCAAAAAACAACUAAUUUGAAACAAAACUUUUUUAAUGGAACUCUUACCAAAAGUUGAAGAGGAUUAUGUGAUGUAAAUGUUAUGGAAAGCCAUGUUGAAGAACUAAUAUUGUGGUUUGGCGUUUGCGUGAAGACCACGUGAGCGAGCAUUUUAAUUUCUGGACUGGCACUUCAUGGCGUCGGCCAAGUUCUCGAACGUCUUUGCUCAUAUACGAGAGCAGCUGGUGAUUCGAUAGCUGCAGAAGUUUGGACCGGUUUGAUUUGUGGCUUUGCCGUUCCCUCGACACAUAGGCAAAACCCAGGCUAAGUGGAUUUGUUUUCAGUUGUGGUCAAAGCCAGCCAUGCAUUUUCCCUCUGUGGAAGACGUUUUUGAUUAGCCGUCCGAUUUAGAUGUUUGUGUAUGAUAUACUGUGAUCAAAGUGAGACGCGGAACGAUCCCCUUGGGGAAACAAUUCGUGGCUUUACGAAAUGAAUGGGAAAUAUAUUUAUGACCCCUCAAACCCUGCCAAGCACCCAGCUGCACUGAUCACAGCCGUGUCUAAACAACGCAUGAUGAAUAUGGCCCGUCAGAAGCGGCCCCAAACAGACAAAUCAAUAAAAACACGAGCAAAUAAACACAAAUCAAGACAAACAUGACUUAGGUAUGAAAAAUACACCACAGAUCACAAACAAAGCAGAGCACAGACACACACGCAGGUAAACAAGCAAGACUUUUUUAUGUUUGUCUGUCCAAACAAUAUGAAACUUUUGUACGCGAUUGUUGAUUUGCUGUUGGUAUGAUGUUUCUGUCUCUCCAACCACUGUGGAAAGGAAUAGGAUCUUAAAAGGAACGGUCCACCCCAAAAUAUUUACUCACCCUUAUGUUGUUCCAAAUCUGUAUGAUUUCUUUCCUCUGUGGGGGAAAAAGAAGAUAUUUUGAAGAAUGCUGAUAGGCAAACAGUUUCAGUGCUCAUUGUCUUCCAAAAAUAUAACAGAAGUCAAUGGGAACCAAAACUAUUUGGUUGGCAACAUUCUCCAGAAUAUCUUCUUUUGUGUUUUGGAACAACAUUACGGUUAGGUAACUGAUGACAGAAUUAUGCCUUAAUGGGACAGUUCACCCAAAAAGAUUUAUUCAUCCUCCUGUCCUUCCAAAGCUGUAAGACUUUCUUCUGUUAAACGUAAAUUAAAAUAAAACAAAAUUAUUUUAAUGUUCUGAAAAGACAUGAGGGUGAGUAAAUAAUAACAGUGUUUUCAUUUUUGGAUGAUCUAUAUAUAUAUAUUAUGAAAAAUAACGUGAUUAAAAUAUUUUAACGCACUGGCAGUUAACGCACUGGCCCCGACCCCAGACCUGUACGUCAUCUUAUUAUUACACAUUUCAUGUAGUUGACUGUUGACAAAUAUGAUGCAAGGCAAAAACUCCACAAAUGCAUUUAUGCCCUAAAAUUCAAGAUAUUGGUGCAAACAAAUGCCCCUAUAUGUGUUUGUAUCAUAUUUAUAUAUAUUAUAUAUAUGAACAGUUCAGAUGCAAAACCAGUUAAAAGUCAUCUCAGUCACAAAUGAGAUAAUGAUACUGAGUGAAUGCUCCUGACACAUAUUAUACGUCCAUCAAACACUUUUACUUCAAACUCGCUAAAUUUCAGCCUCCGCCCAAUCAGAAGUACCAGUACUUACAUAGAAACCUAUACAAAGUAGCCAGAAAGAAAUGCUCAUUUUAAAGAAAAACGUCAGAAAAACGUCUUUUGCAUCUGAACUCUUCAUAUAUAUCACAUAUUACAGGAUAUUACACAGGCAGCCUGAUUUUGUCAGGAUCUAUCACAAGCUUAAAUGUGAUUUUACACAACAGUUAAGUAAAUAAGAAGUUGUUAUUGUGUUAUAUUUUAAGCACAAUAUUACCUUUGAAGCCAUAGCAGAAUUGUUGCAGCCAGGUCUCCAAGCAACACAGCCGUUUUUAGUUUCUGAAUGAAUCCGCGUUUUGAACGAACCGUGUGAACCAAUGACUCAAAAGCCCGUUCAUAAAGAGAGCCGUUUACUUUAUUACUGAAUGAAUAAGUCGUUUGAACGAAUCGAAGACAUUUACCGCUACCUGCCUGCAGCCUAAAUGUUUAUUUGUAAUAAAUUCUAUUUUGAAUAAAAUAAAAUACGUUUUAUUAAACAAAUUAUUUCUUGCUGAAGCUACUUUUUGUAAUGUCUGUUUGAUGCUUCACACAACAAUGAUUUUAAAUCUUUUGGGAGUCAUUUGAUGUCUGAUUAAUUUGCCAUUAAUAAGAUUAAUUAAUCAAAACAUCAUGUAAUUAAUUAGAAUAAAAAUUUUAAUCGUUUGACAGCCCUAAUACAUAUAUAUAAAAUUACUCAUGCUGUUGUUGUUCCA